AUGGAUCGACAGAAGACUGAACUAGAAGGACAAGUGGAAGAGCCGAGAAUUCAGCUCCAAGAAGUUAAAAGAAAAAUUCAAAGUCAAAAUGAUGAAAUAGCACGUGCUCAUAGCGAAAUCACAAGAAUUACAACAGAAGUUCAGAGCUUACAUGAGAAGCAAAGAAAUGCAACAACAGGUGUCGAUCAGGGAACGAUAGAACCGGAAGAAGAAAUCGAGAACCUGAAAAACAAAACACAAUUCCUACUUCGACCCAAAGUGGAAGCGCCAAAGCCAGAAAAUGAACAGUCGUGUAUUAUUGGUCAAGAUAUUCAAAUCUCAUGGAAGUUCAGUGGCAUCGAGAAAUCACAUGUGACAUGA